AUGGAGACUGUCACUGGGACAUGUCAAUACAUGGGCAAGUUCGUGGCCAAUCACUCCGGUCUCUCGCCGAGUGACCGUCGCUCAUUUUCUAAGCGCCACGGGUCGCAUCCCGGCCGUGUGAGGUGGUCCUCGAAACGUUCAAUGACCACUUAUCAUACUCUAUUAAUAUGCAUAAUCAUUCUAUGUCUGUCACCAGAGGCAGCGCUCGCCCAAAGCUCAGUCGCCGCCGCCGAUGGUUCUCAUGGCCUGGGAUCGGCACUCGCACCAUGUGGAGAGAUCAGCACGGAUGAUCCCGCCGCAGAAGUCUUGACAUUGUCCGUCGUUGGACAGGCACAGCCUGACGACGCCGAGAGCACCCACGGGUCGAUAUCGCCCUACAUCGAGGAGAACCGAGUUCUUUUCUUGAAACGAAGUGAUUCAUCUGCCGACAAUUCCUCCUACACGGAGGUGCCCGCCGCAUUCGAUACUCUAUCAAACAACUUUGCCAACGCCAGUUGCGUCUCAUUCUUUGAUAAAUUCCGGUCCAAUUCGACGUUUACCGACUGUCUCGCCGUGUCACUCCUUCUCGGCAAUUCCAAUUCGUUCUUCCACAUCCUGACAUCGGCCGUGAAUACGGCCUAUGUGCUCGACGCAGCGUGCGCGCAACCAGUCGACAAAUGCGCCUCGGUCAUGACAUCCCUGGCCGAACAAAUGAUGCACAAAGAUCACUGUGCGCAGGAUUACCAAGCGGGCAAUUCCGUCGUGGAAAGUGUUUAUCAGGAAUUGAUUGCCUAUGAACCUGUCUACCGUGUCUCCUGCCUCACCAACCCUGAAACCAAGCAAUACUGCUUCGUCGACGCCGUCACCAAUACAUCCGCUCCGAAUGAUUAUAAUGUCUAUUUUGUACCGAUCGGUAGCACUUUGACUUCAUCCGGUCCGAUCACCUGCAACAAGUGUCUCAAGGAAACUUUUGAUAUCUACGCCCAGUGGGCAAGUGUCAAUGGACAAUCUCUCGACACAACUUACGUCCCCUCCGCCAACCUGGUGAACAACUACUGUGGCUCCGGCUUUGCCAAUACAAAUGUCACCCUGGGCUCCCUGAAAGCGGCUGCCGGAGCUGGACACGCAUUGCGGCCGCUCGAUUCUCGAAUCCUCAUCUCAUCCAUUACUUUGCUCAUCAGCAUCGCAAUGUCUGGCUCGUUCUAG